CGGCGCUGAGGCUGCCGGGAGCCGCCAUCUUGUCCAGCGCACUGCUAAGAGCGGCUCUGGUGCCGGGGACCGGACCGGACCGGACGGGAUGCGCCCGGAAAUCUAAAGGGGAGCCCUGCUGAUGAAGAGAUGACGUGUAAUGUCCCACAGAACUCAGAAGCCUGUGCCUCUGCAGACACUGAUGGUACCCAGGAAUGGGCACAGGAACUUGACCGACAGAGAACUUUUGUUGGAUUUCCACAGGACUGUCCUGUUUCUGUGUUAGCUCUAGCACAAGCUGGCUUUGUUUAUACUGGAGAAGGUGACAAGGUGAAGUGCUUCAGCUGCCAUACAACUGUUGAAGGAUGGAUGCCUGGGGAUUCUGCACUUGAGAGACACAAACAGCUUGCCCCCAGCUGCAAGUUUAUUGCUGAAUCUGCUUAUCUGGAAAGUAACAUGGAUCCUGUUGCCCAGAACUAUGAAAAUAGAACUGAAAAUGGUACCAGCAACUCAUCCCUCCCAUGUGCUCUGGAUGACCCUGAUGUGGAGGCAGACUACCUUUUGAGAACUAGGCAGGUUGUGGAUAUGUCAGAUAGUUUGUAUCCUAAAAACCCUGCUAUGUGGAGUGAAGAAACAAGAUUAAAGUCUUUUCACAACUGGCCCCUUAAUGGCCAGUUGACACCACAGGAAUUAGCUAAUGCUGGGUUUUAUUAUACAGGUGUUGGUGACCAAGUGGCAUGUUUUUGUUGUGGUGGAAAAUUGAAGAACUGGGAACCCGCUGACAGAGCUUGGUCAGAACACAAGAGGCAUUUUCCCAAAUGCCUUUUUGUCCUGGGCCAGGAUGUUGGAAAUGUUCCAAGUGAAUCUAUUCCUGCUGAGCUUGGCGUAAGUGGUCUGAAUAAUGGACAACACCCAAGGAAUCCCUCUAUGGCAAAAUAUGGAAAACGUUUACAAACAUUUUUAUCGUGGAUAUAUCCUGUUGACAAGGAGCAACUUGCAGAAGCUGGAUUCUAUAGCAUAGGUAAUGGUGAUCAUGUUGUGUGUUUCCACUGUGGUGGAGGAUUGCAAGAAUGGAAGGAAAAUGAAGACCCUUGGGAUCAACAUGCCAAAUGGUUUCCUGGGUGCAGAUUUGUGAUCAAGGAAAAGGGAAUAGAAUUUAUAAAUAAUGUUCACUUAAGAGAUGCGUGUAGGGAUUCAACAACAGAAGCUGCUGAAGGGACAGUACUUUCUAAAGAUGAUCUCUUACAGAAUCCUUUGGUACAAAGUGCCAUAGCCAUGGGUUUCAGUUUGUCUGAGAUUAGGAACACCAUGGAAAAGAGAUUGCAGAUGACUGGAGAAAGUCACACAUCUGUUGAGGAUCUGGUAGCAGACUUAAGUGCUCAUAAAGAAAAUACAAGGGAAGAAGAACCAAAUGAAAUCCCAGUUGAGCAAGAUGAGCUUAUUCAGUUACAAAACCUCUACCUCAGUACUGAAGAGAAGUUAAGACGUUUACAGGAAGAAAAGCUCUGUAAAAUCUGUAUGGCUAAGGAUGUGUCAGUUGUCUUCAUUCCCUGUGGUCACCUAGUUGCCUGUAAGGAAUGUGCUCGAUUACUUAAUGAAUGUCCUCUUUGUCGUACAGAUAUUAUGAAAAUACAGGAAAUUUUUAUGUAUUAGUGAAAUGUACAGCACUGUGGAUACAAAUGUUUCCUGUUUUGUUACUUUAAAAAUGUAAUGUAAAAAAUGCAGUUAAUUCCAGAAUGUAACCAUAUGGCAGGAUUUAGAUUUUUCUGCUGUCAACCUCUACACAUUUUAACACUUUACAAAUUAUUGUCCUUUAAGUGAAUUUUGUAUGUAAUAGCAGUAUGUAUGAAAGGCAAAUAUGUAUAUUUUGUAACUUCAGUUCAUAGACCUGAUACGGGAAAGCCCAAGUAAUGCAAAACUGUAUUUAUGUGAUCAUUCCUUUGCUUCACUUUCUUAGUACUCUGUAUCACUGAUGUUUGAGCAAAGAGAGUUGCACAAAGAGCCUGUCCCUAUAUAAAAUUUGUGAAUAAGUUAAUUCAAAAUAUAAUUGUAUACAUGUAUAUUAUACCUGAGAUUUUAGCUUUUUUAAAAUUAUGUAGGAUUGAAAACAGUCUUUUUUUUCCUGUAACUUUGGUUGUGACAUAAUUCAGACAAUACACAUAAAUUUGCUGCUGUAACAUUAUGGUUACUUCUGCUACUUUGUAGAUUUGUAUAUUUUAAUAUAAUUCCUGUCUAUCUACUUUUCUGGUUCAGAUGUGUAAAUUGUUUUCAGUACACUGGUUUUAGCCAUCUGUUUUUUACAGAUCCAUCUUUAUAUAAAAUGUACAUUAAUUUUAUUAAUUAAAAGAGAACUCAAGAGAAAUGAAGGAGAUUUUAUGUACCUCUGUGCCCUGCAUGAGAGUAGGCUCAUUUUAAAUUCGCCCUCUACACAAAAAGAUGUUCUAUUUGACAUUUUUCUUGGUUUUUUUUUUUAACAUCAUCCUACCUGAUUUAUCUGCUAAUAUUUUGCACUGCUUUGUAUUUUAUAUUUUCAUAGGAGAAGAUAAAAUUUCAUCUCCUAGAAAAUGCUUUUUUAAAAAAGCAGUGUUAGAAAUCUCAAUAGCAGUGUUAGAAAUCUUUUAUUUUUGUUCAUGUCAAUUUGCACCAUUUAAAUUUAAAAGUUAAGAACUAUUCUAAUGAGAGCCACCUUAAAAUAAUUAAACUAUUCCUUACUGGACUGAUCCUCCAUUUCUGAUUUUGAAGGUAUCACAGCUUUGUAUUUAAGUACAGUUGCUUUAUGAUCUCUGCUUAAUUAUGUCACUUCCUUGUUUUGUGGCACUACCGAUAUCUUUUGUAUAUAUAUAUUUGAAUUCUAGACACUAAGAUUUAGAAUAUAGAAUAUACAGCACAUAGAUUUUAAUGUUAUAAAACUUUUGAAUACACAGAAAUGUAUUAUCUACUUUUUCUAUUUUUUUAAAUCUGUGCUGUGUAAUGGCAUGAAUAUUUAAAAGUGCAACCCAGAUGUUCCUUGAUCAGUGUAUUUGAUUCUCACAUUAAAAAAAUAGCAGAAGCUUGCUUUCUGUUGAUUUUUUUUUGUAAUUAAACUUAUUAAUUUAACCUGAGUGCUAUUAAAGUAAUGAAUAUAUUUUAAUUGGAGAGGAAAUAAAAUCUAUUCUUUGUAUAAUUAAAGUUUGUUAAUUAUACAUCUGACAUUAGUUUUGCUAUUUUUUAUGGUUGAAUAUGGUCUUGGGAAUAGAUAGUGACUAGAAAUUCAUAAAGAAUUCAGUUUUAUUUUACCUUUCUCUGUGUUUGUGAGGAGCUUAGCAUUUCAGAAAAUACAUAAAAUACAUGCAUACAGGGAUUUUUUGGGGCAGAUAUGAACUGGCAAUCCUGACAGCCUUGUUCCUAGCACCAGCUCUUCCUUACAGAGAGGGUUUUCUGUCCACACCUAGGGAAAUCAAAGGGGGGUUGUUAGCCUUGAGCUGGUUGGUGUGUCUUGCCUGAAAUAGCUUGUUUAGUUAAGGCUGCACUCCGUGAGCUGCUGACUUGUUUAAGCAGAUGGUUGGUUACCUAAGCUUGACCUGAGUCAUGUGAGAGAGGUUGCUUGGAUCAGCUGGAUCCAACUCGCAGGCUGCAGAACCUGGCAAGCGGCUCAAAGUCCUGUCUGCAAAAGAGAUGGACCAAAUUUAACUUAAACUGUUACAAAACUGAAUCUCAGCAAGGAGGUGAUUUGCAGUGUAAAUGUAGUAUGUAAAUUGUCUGAAGAAAGCUGGGAAGUAGGUCACACACAGAACCUUCUACACUGCAAUGGAGAGCAAACACAUUGUCCUACCUUGCACGAUUGCUUCAUGGCAAAGCUUGUUAAUUUUUUAAAGGUAUACUUUUAUAUUUUUAUAGGCAUAUCCCUUACUAAAACUUUUUCAUUAAUAUUAUAAAAGGUACAACUAUAUAGCAAUUCAAAUUGUAAGCACUUAAGGACAUUAAAGGGUUAAAAGCCUUUUAGUGAGAUGACAAAAUAACUACUCUGUAGGUUUAGGGGUUUUUUUUUUUGUUUUUAAAAACCCUAUAAUCAGAGUUCUAUUCAGACUAAAUGUGAAAAAAAUAAUUAGCAUAGUCAUCAAAUUCUGACAGCUUGAUUUAGGAUGAUUUUUUUUUCCAAUUACCUUGGUUUUCAUUAUCUUAAAGAAACAGAAGAAAUUCCAUGACCUCUAAUACUGAGCUGAGUGUUUAAAGAGACAGAAAUGAAGGUUGUAAAUAAAUGGAGUGGAAGCACAGGGGCUUUGAAAAGGAGGUUAGCAGCGGGAUGCAGAUGCCCUGGGAGUUGAUUUUUAUGAGUUACCUGGGAGUUGUGCAAUAUGUUCAAGUAUCAGUAUUCUCUAACUUCCUUCUAGUGGCUUCUGUAUACUAUCUUUCUUCAGUGUUAUUUGUAGCAGCAGAACUACUUGCUACUCUGGAUGCAUGAGAAAUUUGUAAGGGUUUUCAAUAGGGUCCUGGAAGUGUGUUGCUUAGAAAGCAUGGGAAGUGCAUAGCUGAUUUAGAAACAGAAGGCUAAAAUAAGGAGAACCCAAAGAGUCAAUGUUUCUGUUAUGUGUGAAGCUUUUUCUCACUGCCUUGAAAUGUGGGAUCUGGAACACACAGACUUAGCUGAUUGCAGCAGCUUGUGUCUCUACAGCUUGGAGCUGUCUGGACUUUUUUAAUAUUUGUUUUGAGACUUGAUCUUAAGCUCCUAAUACAAUGAAAACUUCUUUAAAUAUUAUAGCUUGGGGAUUGGUUGUUUUUUGUUUGUCUGCUUUGUUUCAUUUUUAUGGUUUUGGGGGUUUUUUUGUUCAUUUGGUUUUUUUGUGUUUUUGUUCUGUUUUGAUUAGAGUAUUUAAAUAUUAAUUUUAACAUUGUCUGGUUAAUUUUGACCACAGCUCUUGAGUGGGUUUUUUUGUUAGCUGUAUGUGCAGUCUGAAGCUACAGGACAAAUAGUUUGUUAAAGUUUUCAAAGUGUUGAUGUUCAUCAGCAUGGGUUUUAAAGCUACCUUUUUGAUUUGUUUUUAUUGUAAUUAACUGAAAUGUAACUACAGUGGGUGGUUGGAAUUGAAUUAUCAAUGGGUGGGAGGUUAAUGCUGACACUUGAAUAUGGUGUUCAUGUGAAACCAAGCUGAAGUGGUAUUCUCUAGGAUGGAGCAUUACCUGGGGCAGUGACCUUUGCUGCUGUGGUCUUCAGGAACUACUGGGAAGAGAAUCUGCUCUGCCUUACAAGGUUUGCACGGUCAAGCACCUGAUGUGUGAAGGUCAGCUCUUCAGAGAACAAAGGAGGAGCUGGAAGUUUUUCUGGCUUUUGCAGUGUUUCUGCAGCAGUGAGGAUUUGAACAGUGAGUUGUCAUAUAAUGUUCUUUGUUACCCUCUGUGUUGUGCAUGACUGAGAGAGGUGUUUCCAGUGCAGCUGCUGAGGUUUCUCUGUGUUGGUCUUGUGCAGAACAGCUGGAUUCGCCUCAGUUCUUGAAUGUGGCUCAUGAAGGGUGCUGGUCCCCUUCUCCAUAGGGUCGCAUGGGAAGAGCCAGUCUACCCACACCCACCUUAAUUCCUCUUAAUACUCUCCCUCUUACCAUUUUUUUUGGUGGUUUACAUGCAUUGUUUUACUGUGUAGCGUGAAAACUUGAUCAAGGAAAGCUUUCCUCCCCUCUGCUCCUGCCAUGGCUUUGCACUGAUUCAGGUUGUUGAAAGUACCUUCUCAUCUUGGCAAAUGCCACUGUGUCAUGUCACUUCAAGAGCUCUACCAAUGCUGCUGUACAGUGAUUAAUAUGCUGUAAUUAUAUUGUGACUUUCUGUUAGAAGGCAAAUGGCUUGUGAUGAUAACCUAUGCUGAAAUCCAGAUUUUGUCUUAAUUUUUUUCUUAACCAUUAAUUCCUAUUAAGCAAUAGUGACAACAUUAAAGUACAAGUGUGAACUCAGAGAACAUGGCUCUGUGACUAACUUACCAAGAAACUUGCUUUUUCCCAAGACAGGAAAGAAGAUGGUCUAUAUUCAUUUAUGAAUGAUUUGGGUAAACAAAACCCCAGGAAAAAUCUAGGACAAAAUGGUAUUAAUUAUAUUGUGAGAAUAUAGUACUUAAAGCUGAUCAAAAACUAGUUGGUUGCCUUUAGAUAAUGACUAAUUUACAGUUUUAUAGCCUGGAUAUUGUGUUGGCUGAGAUAAAUCGGUUGAUAAGAAAUAAUUACUGGAAAUGUAUUGGAGAGAUGCUGGAAUUAGUUUUGCUCUCAGAUUGAAAAAUGGUGCUUAAUAUCAAAAAAUGAAAAACACAUUUGCAGAGCCCUACUAUGAAAACAUCUAGAAGAAUCAUUACAGUUAUUGCUGAAAAGCCAGGUUUAGUAUAAAUGCAUCGCCUUCAAAUUUUGGAGAGUGAACUAAUACAACCUUCAAAGAUUACCAAGACAGCAUUUAAAUUUAUUCAUGCUAAUGUCUUUUUGAUUUUAUAUAGUUACAUCGUGCUGUAAAACUCUUGACACAAUUUCUCUUAAGCAACUUAAUUUUGCAGUAUAUGAUGAGAGUUAUCACUUAAGCCAAAUAGUUAAUCUGAAUACAAGUUUUUCAGAAGUGGGUGCCAAGCCACAGGGAUCUCUUUCUUUUAACUCUUGUGUUACAGAGAGAAGCUUCUGAGUCCAGGACUGACUUUACCUCCCUGUCCUGCAUAACCAACCCAUGUGAUGUUACUGGAGUAAGCCUGGGAGCUGUGUCCACAGGGUACAAGCCCCCAGAAAAGUAACUGUUGCUUCAAAUGUUUUGCAAAAUAGAUGUGCCAAAAAUAACAAUUUAACAUCUGCAUCUCAAUUUAGGACUUUUAUAAUUUUGCCAACAGUUGCUUUCCUAAAGGCCUAAUUGGCAAUUGGAAGACCCAUGUUCCAGGUUGGAAGCUUCCCUUCUGCUAGGCCUACAGCUGGGACCAGAGGUACAAGGGAAUUGAGAAGUGGGGACUCCCUGGGGGAGUGAGAGUGGGAAUUGCUGUCCUCAGUGUUUAUGUAAGCAUCCCAGGUGUGCCCUUUGCCACAGAGGGGAAAACAGCUGCUGGCACUGAGGCUUUGCAGGACUGCUACUGUUGCACUGUAAAAGAAGUAUUUUUAUCUUAACGGUUUUGAACAUCUGUGCAACCCAUCAACAUGUCAUAAACUGUUGUAUUCCUUUCUACUUCUUAUGCAUUGUGCCAUUUAAUCUCGGCUAAUGACACAAUCACACUUUGCUUUGCUUCUACCACCCGCUGUGUCAGAGUUGAGGCAGCAGAAAAAGCCUUGAGCCCCAGACACAACUGGCAGUAGGGGAGUGACUUGUGAGAAACACAGUCUGAAAGAAACCUUGCAGCUGGUUGAUGGUGAAAAACUAAACCAAAGGAAACUUGUGUUAGGGACAGACAUAUAUAGAGAACCUUAGGAAUGUGGUAGGUCAGCCAUAGAAAACCUUACAAGUUUGUCUGAAAGAGUAAUUUGUUCCUUGACCUUAUCUGUCUGUAACAAGCCCCCAUUGCCCAGACUUCCUCUUUAAGCCCCUAAGUUCCAGCCUCAGUAGUUUGUGGGGAAAAGGCCAAGGUACAUCAUCCAAAUCUUGUGUUUGCCUGCACAUACAGAGGAAUGCUGUCCCAUACAUUUGAAAGAGGAUUUUCUUCAGAGCUUAAACACAAAAGUAUUUGACUUUGUUGUUUAUAAUUGUUUUGCUCUAUGAUCCUGGGCAGAGGUUGAGCUGAAUAGUGCCGUUUCUGUCUCAGUUCCACUCUAAUUUCACCUAACCACAAGCCAGCCUCCUUUCUCCCCUUUUUAGACAAGCCCUGGCUCCAUGUCAGAGUCUCUGGGAGGCUGGAGCACUACAAGCUCUGACCAGCUGAGAACUGCUUUUGUGCUCCUAAUGGGUUAGGUGCCCUACACAUCCACAGUAUGAUGUAGUUGCACUGGGUUUAGUCUGUUUCUCAGCUAAAGCUGCUUCCCUUGCUUGGCAUCAGUUGUGCUGUUGGCCUGCAUGACUUUAUUUCAGUUCUUGGCAGCUUGUCACCCCAGCCCUUUUUCUGUUGCACCCUGUUCUUUGCUGCCUUUAAGCAGGCCCUACCACUUACCUGGCUUACCCAGUUUGAAACAUGUUUCUCUGGUUCCUGUGCUUCCUCCUCAGACUUUGUCACUGAUGCUGUCAUAGUGCCUGACUCAUAAAAUGGACCUUGAUUCAUGGUUCCUCUGCCUAGACCUAAGUCCACAGGACACAAAUAAUGUCUUGCAAAGGUCUGUGUCUUCCAAAACUUCCCUACACAUCUGGAAACUGAAGCACAUUGUGUCCUGAAUCCAAGAGAGGGGGCCUGAUUGGUAACACUUGUACCUAGGGUGAGGUGAUUCCUCAAGUGAAAGCAGCUCAUGCUGACUGCAGCCAGGAGAAGGGCUUUUCAUGAUUUCCUACCAAAAACUGCUGUGGCCUUUACACAGUUUGCUGAUGGAACUUUAGAACCUGGCUAAGGGAUUUUUAUCUCAAAGGAUGAGACCUAGAAAGAGCACCUCACUCAAACAGGGGAAUGAACACGAGACUUUGGGUAACAAGUGGCACAGAGGACUGAGUAAAGCUGCUGCUCAUAAUGCAAUUAGCAGGAAAGCAUCUGCGACUUACUGGGAUUCUGUUCAUUUUUAGAGCUGAUAACGAAGGGGAGUUAAAAUGCCUUCCUUUGUAGUGGUAUGGGACAAACUGUGUUUCUCUGCUACUUCACAGAAGGAGCAGGCAGAAACUUACUGAAUCAAAGAAAAUUCAGACAUGAGUUGGGUGUUCUGGAAAGAUCUGGUGAGAAAUAAGGGCACACAAGGGACACAUAAAUGGAAAAAAGGAAGAAAUUAUUCACAGAGCGGGGAAAAACCUAAGGAGCUACUCAUGUGCAAUCUCUCUCCUGCAAAUUAUGGGAAAGUAACCCAUUUUUUGGUCUUUAUUUUUGCUUCUUAUGUAAUAGCUCGUCUUCAAAAGGAUUUAGAGCAGAUUUCCCUGGAGUGACUAAGCCAGAUUCAAAAACCUGGGGGAAAAAAUUUGACUGGGAAGACUGCUUUUUCCCUCUGUACUCAUCUCAACAGACAAAGUAUGGCUUAUUCAGUAUAGGCCAUCAAAGCUACCACCUCACCUUGGGACAAAUCCAGUAUACAAAUUCUGGUUUCUUUUUCCAAUUCUCAAAAGAAAAGUCUUCAAAUAAAUAAAUAAAUAAAUAAAGGAUUA